AUCAUCAAACGUUGUCAAACAUAUUCUGCCAGCCGAAAAAAGUGUUUGAGAUCGAAAAUUUGCUUGCUGUUGUCAAUUUUGCAUAAUUGUACACAGAAUAUUAUUUUUAUUAAGUUUUCUUGUAGUUUACUUUCGACUUCUUCAUGAUUUUAAGAGUUGACACGAUUCUCUGUUGAAAUAUUGACUGAAUGUCAAGACACCGCAAAACAUAACCUAGAAGUAGUGAGUAGAAAAUGGACAAGGAUAAUUCUAUUCUGCUUCAAAAACAAGUUAGAGAUAAUUCAGCAGAUUUGCAAAAGGAAUUGAUUGAUCUCAGGAAUUGGGAGCAAGAAAUGAAGCGAAAAGAAGCAGCACUUUUAAGUGCCGGUCGUGACCAGGUCAGGGACCUUCCUCCUAUCAGAAGCAAAAAAAAGAAAACGAUUGAAAGCUCCCCUCCGAUUGCAAGCACCAGUAAAUCAGCUCCCGAUCGCAUCAGAUCCUCAGAUUAUACUGCCUGGGAUAAAUUUGACGUGGACGCAGAGAUAAGAAAAUUGGAAGAGGAUAACGAUAGCGAUGGAUCAGUGGAGGAUGUGCAAGAAAAUGCGGAGAAAAAGUACACACAGGCGACAAAAUUUAAAGAGCAAGGAAAUAUUUUCGUUCAGAAAAGAUUGUAUGAUAAAGCUAUCAAAUCUUACACCGAAGCAAUCAAAAUUUUCCCCUACGAUGAAGUUUUUUACGCUAAUCGUGCUUUGUGUUACCUAAAAAUACAGAAUUUAUAUUCAGCCGAAGCAGAUUGCACUGCAAGUUUACAACUGAACGAUUGUUAUGUAAAAGCUUAUCAUAGACGAGCCACGGCACGAAUGGAAUUAGAAGAAUACGAUGGCGCGAAAAAAGAUAUUGAGCGAAUGUUGGAUUUGGAACCAACGAAUAAAGAAGCGAAGUUGAUGUUCGCUCAAGUGAAUAAGAAACUUGAAAAAUCAAAGCCUCGCGUGAGUUCGGUCUCAACAUCUCUUGAAACUUCUGUUGAGAAGAAAAUCGGCGAAAAGCUAUGGAAUACAGGCAAAUUAAAAGAAGAAACUGCGAUUCAGAAACAGAUGUUGAUUGAUAUGAUGAAAAUAAAAGAACGCCCAAAGUCCACGGGAGUAACAAUAACAGAAAUUCCGAAUGAUAGUGAACAAGAUAAAGAAAGAGUGAAAGAGAAAGUGAAAGAGCCAGUUAAAGAGCAAGUUAAAGAAAAAAUUCCUGAUUGGCUGCCAGAACUGAAUGAUGAUUUUAGCAUCGUAAAACCGGUUAAAUUGUCUCCUCACUUACGUUCAAAAAAGCCGCUGAAGAGAAUUCCAGUCACAGAAGCUGACUUCGAAAACAGCAUUUUACCUAAAUUGGAGAAAGAAGUUUCAGAGAAAAUAGAAAAAUCCAAAGUCGAUGAAAAUCUAAACAUUCCCGGGAAAAGUGCAAAAGCUGAAAAAUCAGAAGAAGACUCUACCAAAGUUGAAAAAACUGAAGUCGAAAAUCAACAAAGCGCAGGAAAAAAGUCUCAAGAACUUACCAAACCCAGUUUGAAAAAUAAAAUCGAGAUCACAAAGUCGUCAAGCUUUUUAGAAGAGUUUAUUCAGGAGCAGGAGGACGAAAGUAAGAAAAUGAAAGAAAAUUCUAUCGAAGUUAACAUAGCAGAGUCAAAAGAUAAAAAGAAUUUGCCAAGUCGAAAAACUGAGAUUGAACGUCCAAAGAUUAUCGAGAUAGUUGAGACAGUUCCUGAUAAAGUUAGGGAAAAGACAAAGGUUGAAGAUUCAUUUAAAGUUCCACCAGCUCCGAAAACUUCGGUUCAGUUCCUGAUGGAUUGGAAAUUAUCUAAAUCAUUGAACUUUAGAUACUUAUACUUGAAGCAAAUUACACCGGAAGUUAUACCAGUACUGUUCAAAGAUUCGAUGGAAUCCGACAUCUUUAACGAUAUUAUUUGUAUAUUAAAAGAAAAAUUCAUAUUGAAGGAGAAAAACGUUUUUCAGUAUUUGGAACAUCUCAGCAAUGUUAAGAGAUUCAGAACGCUCAUUAUGUUUAUUGAAAGAAGUACUAAAGAAGCAUUGAAAGAAUUACUCAAGGAGCUAACUAAGGAAGGCAAAUCUGAAGAAGAAAUUGACGAACUUCGCAGAAAAUAUGAGUUGUGAUAAUUAUUAUUAAGUUUUUUUCUACUAUCUUAUUAUAAGUACCAGUGUUAAUACCUCACAGGUGAUAAAAGACGUUUCUUUCGAAAAUAUAAGCUUUCAAACAAAA